AUGGCUCUCUGCGCCACCCUCCCUCUCGCUCGCUCCGCGCGGUCCUUCACAACCCGCGUGGCCCAGAUCCAGUUCCAGCUGUUCCAGCGCGGAAUCAAGACUACCACCCCCGCGCAGGUUGCACCUAGCCUUGUAGCUAGAGAUGGGGGCAACCAGGAGCCGCCGCAGUGCGGUAUCAAUGUCGACACGCCUGUGCGGAUGGAUACUGCAUCUCCGCCGCCGCCGGGAGACGACUUUCCCGUCGCGAUGAUCGGAGCGGGUAACAUCAUGUUCGGCUCAAAGGCCGGGCCGUGGAACCACUCCUUCCGCAUCGAGCACAAGCUCGGCCCCCGCCUCAAGGUCGCAGCUCUGAUCGACCCGGACGAAGCGCGCGCCAAGGCCGUCCUCGCAACCAAGUGCGCUAGUUUCGUCAACUCAGCGUACAAGGACACGCAAGUGUUUCCUAACCUUGGUGAAUAUGUCAAGUCGAUCGAGGCGGGGGGGCCUGAUCCUCGAGCAAUCAUCGUCGGCACGCCGCCCGAGUUCCGCGGCGGCGUCACUGGCGGACGUAACCUCGAGCUUGAGCUCCUCAAGUACUUCCCUAGCGUCGGGUACUUUAUCGAGAAGCCUGUGUCGACCGCCCCGAUCGGUGAGGUCAAGGAGGUUGCGGCUCAGCUCGCCCAGAACAAUAACGUCGUCAGCGUCGGAUACAUGCUUCGAUACCUGCGUUGCGUGCAGAAGAUGAAGCAGAUCAUCCACGAUAACAAGUUGACGAUCAUGGCCACGAAUGCGCGUUACUCCGCCGCGUACCAGUCGAUCGACAAGCCCGCGUGGUGGGACAAGUCGAAGGACAUGGGCCCGGUCAUCGAGCAGGGCACGCACUUCUGCGACCUGUCGCGCUACUUUGGCGGUGACGUAGACAUCCCGACCGUGGUAGCUUACAGCGUCGAAAACGACGAGGCGGCGGGCAAGCUCUCGGCCAUUCCGGUCAACGAGGACGCCAUUCCUCCUGACCAGCGGAUUCCGCGCAUAACCUCGGCCGUGUGGAAGUACGUCAACGGUGCCGUAGGGAGCUUCACGCACACGGUCGCGCUGCAGGGCACGCUGUAUGACUGCGAGCUCGAGAUCUGGGCCGACGGAUACCACAUGCGACUGAUUGAUCCGUACAAUGCGCCACAGCUGCUCGUGCGUCGGCCGGGUGAUGACCACUCGGAACUGCAUCAGUUCAACGACGACGACCCGUUCUUUUCCGAGAUGAGCUCGUUUAUUGACGCCGUCGAGGGCAAGCCGGGCGCCCAUAUCCUCAGCUCGUUCGAGGACGCCACCAAGACGUACGAGCUCACGUGGGCUAUCAGGCUUGCGUCCGAGAAGAGCGCUGAGGCCCGCCGGGCGGCAGGCAAGGCGUAG